AUGAGGAGUUAUAUUCGACGUACGUGGACAUCAGGUUAUCAUAGUUAUACUCGGCGUGCGUAUAAAUCAAAAUGCCAUACGCAUACGUUAUUGAAAGCCGUGAAUUCCAUACAUUUGGGCGAAACUCUUGCAACAAUGGCUAUUUUUCUAUUAAUUCUGUUGGAUGGAAUUGC